AUGGAUGACUCUGUGAGUAAAUACAAGCUGCGAGAUACGUUCACAUUCAUUGACAAUCUAACUAUAUGUAGGAAAGAUCAAAAUGACCACGAUAAGAACUUAGAAAAAUUUGAAAUAGCAGCAAAAAGUGAGGGUCUCACCAUGAAUGAAGAAAAAUGCGUUUACUCGACAAUUCAUGACUCUCUUGUAUACCGUAUCUCGCACAAUACCCUCAGUCUUGACUCAGAAUGGCUUGUUCCACUCCUCAUUUUUCUUACACCAACCGACCAGGAAUCCUUAAAACGAAUAGUCGCUAUGUUUUCUUAUGCUAAGUGUGUCUCCAAAUUUUCUGACAAAAUAUAUCCUCUCAAUAACGUAUCGAAAUUUCUUCUAAGCAGCCAACAAGUAAAAUCAUUUGAGUCAUUGAAGAUAGAACUAGCUAAUGCUGCCAUUUAA